AUGCCGUACCGACCGGCUCCUCAACAAUGGCAACAACAAUAUCCGAUGCACAUGGCCAUGGGAAGGGGCUAUCCACAAUAUCCUCCGAUGAAUCCUUACGCCCAGCCCCAGCAUUAUCCAGUCAUGAGACCAUCACCCCAUCAACAUCCCUCAUCUUCCUCUGUUCAUUCAGGCCAAGGCCUACUCUCACCCUCUCCAGCCAAUACUUCGCCGUACACCCCUAUGAUUCCACCACCACAAGCUCCCAGCCCUCAAAGAAUCGCUCCAGCGCCUCCUCCUGCGCCUAGGGCACCUUCUCCGGUACCUACUCGGACGACCUUCUACCCUCCACUUCCUUGGCAGUCUUUUGAGGGCGAUUUUGCAGCCCAAAAAUCGAGACGAAGAAGAAUAUUUGACGCUCAAUCAGACAACAUACCUGUCGUGCUACCACCACGACCAGAUGCCAGUGAGCUGUCCAUGCAGGUCGAGCCAGACCCUCCCACCAAGACCGAAGCUCCUAUUCCUGAAAGACUACCUUCCGCAGGGCCGCCAAGCCUUGAAACACCCCCGACAUCUCGACCACCUUCUGAGAUAGUGUCGACACAACCUACAACUCCCUCGUCCGUCGCACCUCCUCGUCAAAUUACACCCAAAGCUUCCUCUACUGCGCCAUCAGCGGUACCUGCAGUCUCUAUUCGACCAGCAGUGCCGAAUAUUCCUCUUCCAGCUCGUGCGUCAAAACAACCUAGUGGAAGCGUGGUAUCCGAGACCACAAAACCUUCAGAACUAUACGUCGACAACACGGGCUUGACACAAGACUCUACUACAGUACCUGAAGAAGCCAAGCCGGCGCCGGCCAAAGUUGCUCCCAAAUCAUGGGCCGAUCUCGUCAGGACCAAGGCUGCCCCUGCGUCUAGUCCCGCAAGCUCAGCAGCCGCUACAUCGAAUGGAAAUGCCCACAAGAAUGAAUUAUUUGAUUCGAAGACGAGUUUUCUUGUAGACGUGCUAAAAUCCUAUAAUGUCAAAGAAGGUACCGACAAGAUAUCCUUCCUGGAACCUCGUGGUCUCGUCAAUACUGGCAACACGUGCUUUAUGAAUUCUGUUCUGCAAAUCCUUUUGUUUUGUGUCCCAUUCUAUGCGUUUUUGGAAAAAGUUGGCAAGCAAGCAGUACAUAGCUUCAAGAGUGAUACCCCAAUGAUGGAUGCUAUGAUAAUGUUCAUGCGAGAAUUCAAAAUCAUUGAUGCGACUGUAUCUGUUGAGCAGCUUCGCAUGCGUCUGAAGGACAAAGAGCUUGAGCAGUACGGAGAAUCCUUCGUUCCUGAAUUUGUCUAUGCUGUGAUCAGGCAUGUACCACGCUUUGCCUCUAUGCGCCGCGGUCAACAGCAAGAUGCUGAGGAAUUCCUUGGCUUUUUACUUGAGGAGCUGCAUCUUGAAUGUAGCCGAGUUUUGAAUUCAGGCGGACCAAAAUCUGCAACCGGCGCUUCAUCUCCCAGCGAAGGUGUAAAGUCGCCACAAAGUUCAAGUAGCGGAAUAGCAGUAGUCGACGAAGGCAUGUGGUUAGAAGUCGGCCCAAAGCAGCGAGCCGCAAUCACACGUUCAUCUGGCGCCAUUACGACCGAGUCCCCAGUCACGAAGAUUUUCGGGGGCAACCUCCGAUCAGAAUUGCGUAUUCCCGGGAAGAAGAACUCCGUAACUCUCGAGCCAUAUCAACCUUUACAGCUUGAUAUUGGUGCGCCGCAAGUGAACAACAUCGUUGAUGCUUUGAAGAAUCUCACCAAGCCGGAAACAUUGCACGGUGAUUUCGAAUCCCCGCGCGGACCCGGUUCCACUGCAACUAAACAGGUCACCAUCGAAACGCUUCCAGAGGUCUUGAUACUUCACCUCAAGCGCUUCCAGUACGACAACACGGGUGGGGCACAAAAGAUUUGGAAGAAAAUAGGCUACCCCCUUGACCUAGAAAUUCCCAAAGAAGUCUUCCCCCAGCAUAAACGCGGUGGACUUGUAGCUCAUGGAGGUCUUCCCAAAUAUCGUCUUGUUGGUGUCGUCUACCAUCACGGCAAAAAUGCAGGCCUUGGUCAUUACACCGUGGACGUACGACGACAAGAUGGCCGCGAAUGGAUUCGUAUCGAUGACACGGUGAUUAAGCGGAUUCGCAGUGACGACGUGGCAGCAGGUGGCAGCGAAGAGGACCCAAAGCUUCUGGCGAAAGCACUCGAACAACAUAAGAAUGACCAAACCACAAAUAAAGGUGGCAGCGUCUACGACCAAUUUACUGUAGACGAGGACGAGGAUCAGCCGAAGACCGAGAAGCCUUGGAGUCAUGUCCAUGAGAAUCUCAAUGACGUAUCAGCAGGCAAGAAGCGAUCAGCUGCAGUCAAUGGUAACCUCACGCCGAAGGCCUCUAGCUCAGGAAAAGCGACGCCAGUUGGCAGGCAUACUUCGGUCAAGGACAACAAAGUCGCCUAUAUCUUAUUCUACCAGAGACUAUGA